AUGCGGCGCGCUGCCGAACUGGACCAAGGGGUGCCGGCUGAAGAAGAAGAUGAUGAUGGCCGUGGCAGCGAGGUGCGGUGGUGGUGCCGACGUACGACCUUUAUCCGGGCGCUGGUCUUGGCGGCAGCCAUGGUGAUCGCUCUCCAGGCCGGCACCACAAACGCAUUCAACACGAUCGCUACGCACAUACAAAACGACACUGGCCUGAGCAACGGGCAGAUCACACUCCUAUCGUCGGUGGGCAUCAUCGGCACCUCCUUCACCAUGUUCGCCGGCCUGUUCAACGACCGGUUCGGGGCGAUGCUGACCAGUCUCAUCGGCGCAGUGCUCACCUCGUCUGGCUACCUGGCCAUGUCCUUCACAGACAAGGGCACAUAUCCGGCAAUGGUGGCGAGUCUCACAAUCAUAGGAUUCGGGAGCGGAGCAUCGUUCCUCGGCGCCCUCUCCACCGGCCUCAAGGUCAUCCCUGGCUACCCCGGCGUCGGCGUAGCGUUGGUGGGCGCUUGUAUGAGCAUCUCCCUGGCAUUGACCAACGGCAUCGUCGAAUUCGACAGGGAGGUGCUGGGGUGCGCGGAGGACGACUGCUGGCCGUACUAUCUCCGCUCGCUGGCCGUCACCACUGCGACCUUCCUCUUCGCGCCGAGCUUCAUCCUCUGCCUGCUCCCUCCCGAUGCCGACUCCAAGGCCAAGCAUCCCCAGCGGCCCACCCCAGCCAACCACACCAUUCAGGGGGACGACUGGAGUGAGCAGGAGCUCGCUCGCGAUUUGUUUGCGCCUGCCGGGGAGGUGCCUCAGGCUGUGCUGGUCGAUGAGGCGCUCAAGGCCGGGCAGACCGACAGCCCCGUCUCGCUGCUUCACUCCCUCAACGCGCUGGGCAACCUCUUCUUUUGGCUCCUCAUCUUUGGCUACUUCUCGGGAAUCGGGUCCGCCGUCGCCAUCAUCACCAGUAAUAAGGAGAUCUGGGUGACCUUCACUGGCGGGGAGCACGCGGGCUGGGCGGUGCAGAUUACCACGGGCUUCUCCAUCGCCAACACCAUCGCCAACGUCCUGUCCGGCUGGGCCUCGGACUUCCUCUGGACUAAGUUCAAGUUCGCGCGGCACAAGCUGCUGGCGCUCGCUCUGCUGCUCGACUUUGUGGUGUUCACCGUCCUCGUGGGCCUCUCGUACGGCAUUGCACAUCCGUCCACCGCGGCACAGAUUGUGUUCGUGGUGUGCUUGAUGAGCGUGGGCUUCUGCUUCGGGACCUACCUGUCGCUGGUGCCCAUCAUCGUGGGCGACUACUACGGCUACGUCAACUUUGGGCUCUACUUUGGGUACAUCCAACUGGGCGCGCUGGUAGCGGUCUUCCUCGUCCCCAACCUGGCCCAGGUCAUCAAGGACUCCAUGGGCGACUUCAAUGUGAUCUUUGUGGCGCUGCUGGUGUGUCUGGGCGUUUCCUUCGCCGGCAUCUUCCUCAAGCGACCCACACCCAUCGGCCACGACUGA